AUGGCGGACCAAGAGCUCGAUCCCUCCGCCCCUCCAUGUCUCUACCUGCUCUCAGCUUUUCUUGCCAUGGAACCCACCGACUCCUUGGUCACCUUGGCCAGGGUAUGCGGUGGAGGGUCGGUUACCGAGGGAGUGCAGAGGUUCAUUUGGGACCAUUGCGUAAGCAAAGGUGGUGGAAAAUUUCAUGUACCUUACUUGAAGAGUUUUCUAAAGAAGCUUAUAACUGAAGUUGAGCUGAACCAUGGUGUCGUUUUGGAUGAAUUAUAUGAACAGUAUGCUUAUUACAUGAUAUCAUUGAAGGAUGAUAAUUUGGUGAAAGGAAAUGCGAGGGUCUGCAAAUGCAUUUCGUAUCUUUUUCCUGAUGGUUGUUUUGAACUCCCAAGUUGUCCUAACUCAAAGAGAUUGGUGGUCCCACUACAAUGUUCACUCAACAUGCUUGAAGGAGAUACUGGAUGUUCAGUUUGGCCUUCCAGUCUUUUUUUGUCAGAAUUCAUACUUUCUUUUCCAGAAUUAUUCUCUAAUAAAUCAUGUUUUGAGGUUGGUUCAGGUGUUGGGUUGGUUGGCAUUUGUCUUGCUCAUGUGAAUGCGUCAAAGGUGACGUUAACUGAUGGUGACCUGUCGACCUUAAUGAACCUGAAAGUUAAUUUGGAGUCCAACAAUUUGAGCAUUGAAACUGAUGGGCCAGAAAGAACUACUGGAGAUCCAAAUAUGGUAAAAUGCAUUCAUCUGCCAUGGGAAUCUGCAUCAGAAAAGGAGCUCCAAGACUUGAGGCCUGAUGUUGUUUUAGGUGCAGACAUAAUAUAUGAUCCAGUAUGUCUCCCGCAUCUUGUUCGAGUACUUUCCAUUCUUUUGAACCAGAAUAAAUCAAUGGAUGGUAAAGUCAAUGGUAUUAAUCAAGGGAAUGCUGAUGACAACUGUGAUGGAUUUGAUGGUAAAGUCAAUGGUAUUAAUCAAGGGAAUGCUGAUGACAACUGUGAUGGAUUUGAUGGUAAAGUGAAUGGUAUUAAUCAAGGGAUUGCUGAUGACAACUGUGAUGGAUUUGAUAGUAAAGUCAACGGUGGUAAUCAAGGGAAUCCUAGUGCUGAUUGUGAUGGCACUUCAAACUCUGGCUCAAGGGAAGGCCCUAUGGCUUAUAUUGCUUUUGUUAUUCGUAAUAUUAAUACGUUUAAUCAGUUUCUUUCUCUUGUAGGCCAAGCUGACAUUACCAUCACAGACCUAACUGAAACACAUAAGCCAAUCAAUUUGCUUCCUUACAUGCAGUCGUAUGAUAGAUCCCAAGUACGACUACUUGUUCUCUCAUGUAAAUAACUUCAUUUAAUUUUUUAAUUCUUUCACAUGUGGGGCUUUUUGGCUUGUUCCCACUCACGUGAAAGAAAUUUUUUGUUGCAUUUCUCGUCUGUUGCUUUGUUACAUCAUGGGAUACCAAUAUCUUAUUACUUACCGGAGAUCUUGAAUUGUUGUUUUC